CGGCCCCGGCCCCGGCCGCACAGCCGACCCCGCCGGAGGAAGGCGCGGGCCCGGGCGCGUGCAGCCUGCACCUGAGCGAGCGCGCCGACUGGCAGUACUCGCAGCGCGAGCUGGACGCCGUGGAGGUCUUCUUCUCACGCACCGCCCGCGACAACCGGCUGGGCUGCAUGUUCGUGCGCUGCGCGCCCUCCAGCCGCUACACGCUGCUCUUCUCGCACGGCAACGCGGUGGACCUGGGCCAGAUGUGCAGCUUCUACAUCGGCCUGGGCUCGCGCAUCAACUGCAACAUCUUCUCCUACGACUACUCGGGGUACGGCGUGAGCUCGGGCAAGCCCUCCGAGAAGAACCUCUACGCUGACAUCGACGCCGCGUGGCAGGCGCUGCGCACCCGGUAUGGCGUGAGUCCUGAGAACAUUAUCCUCUAUGGGCAGAGCAUCGGAACGGUCCCCACUGUGGACCUGGCUUCGCGGUACGAGUGUGCAGCUGUCAUCCUCCACUCCCCUCUGAUGUCUGGUUUGCGUGUGGCUUUUCCAGAUACCAGGAAAACAUACUGCUUUGAUGCUUUCCCCAGCAUUGACAAGAUAUCAAAAGUUACCUCUCCUGUGUUGGUCAUUCACGGUACAGAGGACGAGGUCAUCGACUUCUCCCACGGCCUGGCCAUGUAUGAGCGCUGUCCCCGUGCUGUGGAGCCCCUGUGGGUUGAGGGAGCCGGGCACAAUGACAUAGAGCUCUAUGCACAGUACCUAGAAAGACUAAAACAGUUCAUAUCUCACGAGCUUCCCAACUCUUGAAGAAGGUGGUUUGAUCUUACCUCAUCUACUGUGAACGGAGGAGAUCUUGUUUGCACAUGCUUUAACUGGAUUUAACUGUAACUCCCGAUAACCACUGAGAAGGGCCCAACCCUUCUGGUUUACUCCUUAAAGAGCUAACAAAAUCUGUCUUUUGUACCUAAUUCCCACCCUCCUGUUAGACUGAGCAGCUGGAUUCCCACCUGCAUGGUCUUGCAGGAGUGGAAGGAGACCUGACUGUGGGACUCACGUAUGCUCACAUCUGUCUCGCCCUCGCUGUCACCUCUGAUUCACGCAGCAGUGCAGGAUCAGCCUCUCACCCAUGUGCUUAGUGUUUGACCUGCAGCAGCUCAGCCGCUGGCAUCAUGGGUGAAGUCCAUUUGUGAAGCUAUGGUAGUGUAACUGGAAAACUGUUGUGAAAAUUCAUUGAUUUUUGUUAACAUGCCAAUCUUUCCCCACACAAACGAGUUGAAGAGUAAUUUACUGGAACUAUCAGCAAACAGCUUCAUCAACUUAACCAUAUCAGAAUAACUGGAAUAUUCUUAAACAACAGGACACUGGGGUUUUUUAAGUGUAAAUUUAUUACUAGCCAACAGAGUUUUAAUAUUUUAAUUGUCUGGUUGGUCUAAUGAAACCUGGCCGACAUCCCUUCUGUAAAGUCCUCGUCGGCUUUUUUAAAGUCCUGUACAUAUUUGCAAUGAUAUUGUGCACAGAUUCUUAAUGGGUAGUUUUCUCUCAUCAGGCUACAACAACAGACUGCAAAUUUCUUGUUUGUAUUGUAAAUGAUUGAAUACAUUUUGUUAAUAUGUUUUUAUUCCUAUGUUUUGCUAUUAAAAAUUUUAUAACAUUUCCAAGACAAAAAUUCCAAGUUUAUGCUUUGAAGAAUUUAGGUAAUUAAAAUUUCCCUAAACUAAUCUUUUAGUUUAGGAGUUGUUUGGGUUUUGACACUGGAGUUGCACCAGAUAAGCAUCAAAAAUGUUAAGAUGCUCUAAGUUGCUACACUACUUGUAUUGGUUGGGGAAUUGGGUUUGGGGUUCUUUGAUCUUAUUUCAGUUGUUUUUUGUUUGUUUGUUUGUUUUUUCCAAAUUUAAAGGCCUUAAAUGUACUGUAAGCCUCAGAUUGUUGUACAGCUGAAUUGCGUUGGUUGCCAGUUUGUGUGCUGUUGCCUGGAUGCGGCACGGUGGUUGGUAAUGGAAUAAAGGACGCAUGGAUCAGAA